AGAUUUUUUUUUUUUUUUUUUUUGCGGUUUAAUUCUCUCUCUCUCUCUCUCUCUCUCAAAGCCCAAGGUCAACAACAAGAGGAACUUUGCACUCUUUUGAAACGUCCAUGGGGUGUCUGAGUCUUCUUGGUCAAAGAAGAAUGCACCGACCGUCAUUGUAUUUGAGAGCUACGGUUUCUAUCUGCUUCCUCUUCUCCUUCUUCUUCCUCCUCUUUUCCUCGCCCUGCUGAUUUUUCGUGCUCGAUCGAUCUCACUCUCACCCCCUUCCCCACAGUUUUCAUUUUAUUAAAUCUCAACCCUAGAAAAGAUACCAACAAAACGAGAGGAAGAGGAAAGUAGGCUGAGAGCUAGCUACCAAAAUUGCCCACCUGCUCAGAGAGCCGUGUUUGAAUUUAAUUUCUUCCACCUCCUUGUGCUUGCUGCUUUAGAUCUUCGAGAUCUAGCAUUCCUCAUCAUGAAUUUCGGCGCAUCUAGAGAUGGAGGAGGAGGUUUUUCCGAGGAUGAAAUCAGAGGUAAGCUUCCCUUUUCGUCUUACUCUCCCACCUCUCCCUCUUCUUCUUCUUCUUCACCUCACUUCAACAACACCAGUACGGCAACAGCCACUCUUCUCCCGGGUGGUCUCAGCAGCUGGGAUACUUACGGCGGCGGUGGAGGUCCAGACACGAGGCUGGAGCUGAUGGACUCGUCGCCGCGAAACGCUGAUAAUAAUCAAGAGUCGAACAAUGAACCUCAUACAACAGCAACAGUAGCGGCCAUAGAGAAAGAGCACAUGUUCGACAAAGUGGUGACGCCAAGCGAUGUGGGGAAGCUGAACCGGCUGGUGAUUCCGAAGCAGCACGCCGAGAAGUACUUCCCGCUGGACUCGUCCACCAACGAGAAGGGGCUGCUCCUUAAUUUCGAGGACCGGACCGGGAAGGCGUGGCGGUUCAGGUACUCGUACUGGAACAGCAGCCAGAGCUACGUCAUGACCAAAGGGUGGAGCCGUUUCGUGAAGGAGAAGAAGCUCGACGCCGGAGACAUCGUGUCGUUUCAGCGCGGACUCGGUGAGUCUGGGAAGGACCGGCUCUACAUUGACUGGAGGCGCCGCCCAGAAGCGGUCGAUCCCAACCACCACCACCACUCGCUUCAUCACCAGCAUCACAAUUUUGGAAUUCCUCCCCCGCAUCAUUACUCGUUCCACCGCUCGGUGCCGUGGAGUCCACUUCUAAUGCGGCCACCUGGAUCUUCGCCAACAAUUGCACGCGAGCACCAUUUACAGCAGAUGAAUUACAGCACGAACAUUCAUCCCUAUCGGAACAGCAGCGCUGGCGGUGGCGGAGGUUAUGGGUACGGAAACGUGGUGAACAUGAACCCGGUCUGUUCGGGGCCGGUUUAUUAUCUGAGAUCGGGUGGAGGAGGAGGAUCAGUAAUCCCACAGCAAUUACAUCAACAAGAGGGCAGUGCUACUACUCAUGCUCAUCAUCAUCAUCAAGUGGGUCUGGGUCAGCUGGGUCGGGUUAAUGUAGUCGAGCCCAUGGUUCUGGAGUCGGUGCCUGUGGUCCAUGGCAAGGUAGCAGCAGCAGGCAAGAGGCUGAGGCUGUUUGGAGUAAACAUGGACUGCCCCGUAUCCGAUCAGUCGGACGAAUGUGACAUUUUGUCGUCAUCAACUACUACUGCAAUGGUUCUUUCCCAACAGCCUCAUCAACCCCCACUUCAAUUAAGGCUCUACGACGGCACGCCGGCCACCACCACCGACUUCUUCAACCGAGGCAAGACGUCUUCAUCGUCCUCCAUGUCCUUGGAUUUCGAUGUUUGAACUUCAUUUGAACAAUGAAGAUGACAACAUUUGAGAAGUCCGAAGCUAGCUAGCUAAAUUAAUUAGUAUUCAGAUACAGCCGCAGAUGGAUCAUGGAGCAGACAAUGUAUGUGCUGAAAUAAUAAAAUGGGUUUGAUCGAGUUCAAUGGAUGAUGUUCGGUACAGAAGGGGUACAAGGUUUGUGGUUUGAAUGCCUAGGAGAGAAAUGCCAAAGCCACCAUGUCUUCUUUCAAUAUAGUUUAACAGCUUUUUCAUCAUCAUCACCACCACCAUGUGUAUAAAUAUUUUAAUUAUUUAUAUAACAAUUUAUAUAGGAGAGAUGAUAGAUAAUUCAUGAUAUUCGAUGAAGACAUAGAUCCCAUCAUUGCCAAGA